CAUCAUUUCAUUAUCUGAUCACAAGCGAUUCCUCUCCCCCCUUCCCCCCUCUCCCUCUUCUCUUCUCGAAUAAAACAAAUCUCGCUUUUCCCCCAUUCCGCCUGUUUUCCGACGAACGGAGGCGCAAGAAUUGGUCUUUGUUCUCCCUUUCUUUGGGUUUUCGAUCGAAUUUGUUGGGCACCAUCCCGAAGCUUCGAAUUUUACAUGUUGGAUUCUUUUCUGGGGUCGGAAUCCGUUUUGGAUUGAAAGGUUUUAAUUUGGUUUUGAUCCGGCGUGGUUUCUGGGGUUUUGGGAAGAGAUUUCGAGGGCCGGGUUUGCGAUGGAGAAGUUGGUCGCCUAGAGGAAGGAUUCGGGCUGUUUUUGUUUGUUAAAGUCGAAAGAAACAGCCUGGGGUUAUGAUCGGAGGCCACCGGAUUGGAGAAGCUAGGGUUCUUUGUCUAGUUCUUGGGUUCUUUCUCUCGGCUUUUUGGAGGGGUUCGGGGGUGGGGGAUGAGGAACGAUGUGCAGAGGCCUCAGGGAGGUGCCGUGCCGAGGAACGGGCGGGGCAACAACGGCUUCUUCUCGCUCCGCUCCUUGUCGAACUAUAUCAGGAUCGUGUCCUCGGGCGCCUCGACGGUUGCAUCCACCGUCCGAUCGGCGGGCGCGUCCGUUGCGUCCUCGAUUGCGGACCGCGAUGGUGAUGCAGGACGUGAUCAGGUGCACUGGGCUGGAUUCGACAACUUAGAAUUUGAGGGUGAUGUUCAGCGGCAGGUUCUGUUGCUGGCUUAUAAGUCUGGUUUUGAGGUUUGGGAUGUUGAGCAGGCAGAUGACGUAAGACAGCUAGUAUCCAGACAUGAUGGUCCUGUUUCGUUUCUGCAAAUGCUAAAAAAGUCAAUUUCAACAAAGGGGUCUGAAGAUAAAUUUGUAGAUGUGCGUCCAUUGCUGGUUCUUGCUGGAGAUGGAUCAUUUUCUGGAAGCGGAAAUAAUCCUGAUGGGUUUAGCUCCUCUUUGAAUGGAAGUCCUGGUGGUUGCCAGGUGCUGGGAAAUGAGUACCCGUUACCAACAUUUGUCCACUUUUAUUCACUAAGGACACAUGAUUAUGUGCAUGUCUUGAAGUUUAGGACAGCUGUUUACUCAGUAAGGUGCAGUCCUCGAGUUGUGGCUGUUUUGCAAGCCUCCCAGAUACAUUGUUUUGAUGCUGCAACCCUGGAGAGAGAAUAUACAAUUCUUACUUAUCCUAUAGUUUCCGGGAUUCCUGGAUCUGGAGGCACAGGCCAUGGACCACUUGCUGUGGGUUCUAGGUGGCUGGCCUAUAGUGGAAGUCCGGUUGCAAUUUCAAAUGCUGGCCGUGUCAGUCCGCAACAUCUGAGUCCUAGUACAGGUAUGUCAACAUCUCCUUCAAAUGGGAGUCUGGUGGCACACUAUGCGAAAGAAUCAAGUAAGCAACUUGCUGCUAGCAUAGUGACACUUGGAGAUAUGGGAUAUAAGAAGCUAUCCAAGUAUUGCUCAGAACUUCUGCCUGAUAGCAAUGGGUCUAUUAGACAUGGGAGCUCAAGCCUAGAAAUUAAUGGGACCAUUAACGGGCAUUUGCCGGACAUAAAAAAUGCUGGAAUGGUCAUUGUUAGAGAUAUAGUUUCUAAGUCAGUUGUGGUUCAGUUUAGAGCACAUGGAAGUCCUAUUUCUGCACUAUGCUUUGAUCCUAGUGGGACAUUAUUAGUGACAGCUUCUAUUCAUGGUCACAACAUUAAUGUUUUCCGCAUAAUGCCUUUUCUACAUGGAAGUUCAUCAGGAUCUGAUGCAAAUGGGACAUAUAUUCAUCUUUACAGGUUGCAACGUGGCAUCACAAAUGCGGUUAUACAAGAUAUUAGUUUUAGUGAUGACAGCCAAUGGAUAAUGAUCAGUUCCUCAAGAGGAACUAGUCAUUUAUUUGCAUUAUCUCCUUUUGAAGGGAUUGGAAACCUUCAGUCCAGUGAGAGCAAUUUGGCAAGCAUCAGUUGUGGAACUGAUUUAACAACUAAGGCAUCAGUUCGUUGGCAUCAUGGAUCAUCUUUAAUAAAGCUUAAUCAGCAGUGUAUUUUUCCAUCUGGUCCUCCAGUCACGUUAUCAGUUGUAAGCAGAAUAAGAAAUGGGAGUAAUGGAUGGAAAGGUGCUGUCACUGGUGCUGCUGCAGCUGCCACAGGCAGGAUCAGUCCCCUUUCUGGGCCUAUUGCUUCAGUUUUUCAUAAUUGCAAGGGUUCCGGUCUUUAUUCCGAUAACACCUCAUCAAGGACAAAAUAUUACUUGCUUGUUUUCUCACCUUCUGGCUCUAUUGUACAGUAUGUGCUGCGCCACUCCAAUGGAGAGGAUUCUGGCAUUGAUCUAUCAGGGUUAAGCACUGUUUCUCAUGAAUCAUCACCAGCAACUGAUGCAAGGUUAGUUGUUGAGGCACUUCAGAAAUGGGAUGUUUGUCACAAGCAAAACAGAAGAGAUCGCGGUGACAAUGUUGAUAUAUAUGGCGAUCAUGGAAAUGGAGAAAACACUAAACUUUUCCAGAAAGGGACAAAGAAAGGAACUAGUAUCUAUCCUGAUGGUGCUACAGACAUGAAAGUAAAACUCAUUGCAGAAGAAAAUCAUCACUUGUAUAUAUCUGAGGUUGAGUUGCAGAUGCAUGCAGAACGUGUUCCAUUAUGGGCGAAGUCUGAGAUAUGCUUUCAAGUGAUGAUGGAUGAAAAUAUAAAAGCAGAUGAUAGUUAUACAUCAUCUGGGGAAAUUGAGAUAGAGAGGAUCCCAACACGCACAAUCGAAGCUAGGUCAAAAGAUCUUAUACCAGUUUUUGACUAUAUCCGUACACCCAGAUUCCAGCAAUCAAGAAAUGACCUGCUGGUGCGUCAAAAAUCUGGACUGUCAGAAGGAAGGCUCUCAUGCAGAAGCAGCUGUAGUUCGCUAGACUGCAUGUCUGAAAAUGCUGCAGUGGCUGAGCUUCCCAAUGGCAUUGAUGAGAAUGGUUGGAAUAGAUCCCCAGCAGAACCUAAUGAGGGCUUUGUAAAUAACCAUAUGGAUAGCCCAGUCAUGAAAAGUCAUCUCGAGUUUGUAAAUGACAGUGAGGGCCUGAAGAUGGAGGCCCAGCUCGAGUCUGUAAAUAACAAAGAUAACUUGAAGACAGAGACCCACUUCAGUGAUUAUGAUAAUGACAUUGUCUAAGGUCCCUGGUUUCAGAGGCUUAUGGAAUGCUUAGAUCUUUCUCAGGUGUGUAGCAGCUAUUCUUUUAUUCUACCCCGGGAUAUUAACUUGUGUUUAUAUACAUAUAUACCUGUGGCAAUGUAAAUCUAAGUGAGAGGGGUUCCUGUGAAGCGGAAGCAUUUGAUGUUGUCAAGUUGGAAUUCCAUUUCUCCCGCACAUUUGUAAAUAACAAAAUUUCUUGAUUGCAUUUCCAAUAAGCAUCUGUAAUGUGUACAUAAUGACAAUGGAUUGAACUAUUGUUUAGUACCUAUAAGAAUAUAGACUAAUGCAUGCCGUGUUCGAAGUGCCUUUUUCCAA